GAAGUCGAUCGACCGUGCUGUUUUUUUGUUGAAACGAAAUAAGAAAAAACAUCACCAACUAACCAAUUUAAUUCACCGAUUGAAUUGGAGGGAUUUUACAUAUUCAACUUUUUUAGGGUUUAUUUAAUUUUCAUCUCCAAUUCCAAUUUUGUUCUUUUCAAUUCAACUGCAAGCUCAACUUCCAAGUCUUUUCAAUUUAUUUCAGAGAUGGACAAUGCCAAAGAAAAUGAGGAUGACUCGAUACAGCCUUUACCAAUUUCUGAUGCACAUCAAGCUGACCACCCUGUCCCUCUUAUCCUGGAUGAACCAAUCUCUUUCGAAAAUCAGCAUUCUUCAUCUGUGAUUGAUGUAGCUGUCAACCAUAAUAAUGCGGAGUUGGAAUUUACUCUGCCACAAUCUCAAUCUGAGCCACCUUCUAUGGAUAAUGACAAUUCCGAGUCUAAGUCUAGUCCGCAUUUAUCUCACCCUGAGCCAGCACUCCUUGCUGAUAACAAGGCUGACGAUCAUCAACAAUUGCAGACUGAUAACAGUGCAGACUUGAAGACAAAUACUCAACAACCUGAAAUUGAAUCUGCUCUUAGUAUUAAUGAUAUGGAAUUGAACCCUAGUCCGCAACAGCAUCAGGCUGGAGCAGUCGCCGAUUAUGACAAUGAAGAGUUGAAGACGAGUCCUCAAAAACCUCAAAUUGAGGCUGUCCCUCGUGAUGAAGAUUGUAUUUCAAGUCCUUUAGAACCUCAGACUGAGACAACCCACAGUGAUAGCAUUGUGGAGUUGAAACCAGGUCCAGAACAACCUCAUCAAGGCUCUCCUUCUCCUGCUCCUUCGGAUGAUAAUAGAAGUUUACUUAAGCCUGAAAUUGAACCUCCCACAGAGGAAAAUAAUGAAGCCAAUGAAAAUUCAGAUUGUAAAACUGAAACAUGUGGAGUAGAUGGCUCCAACAAUUCAACAAUUAAUACUGAUACUGCUAAGCUCACGGCAGAUGCUAAAUCCGAACCUUCUCAAGUACCAGAAAAUGGAUCUGAUCAUCAUACUGACACAACCCUUAAAGAACAUGAUGGACCUGAUACACCUCUUGCAGAAGCUGCUAGCAUUAAAGCUGAACUUGACAACAAGGAGGAAUUGGAGAAUGGAGAGAAUAAAGAGGACACUGCUUCACCCAAAAUAAAUGGCAGCUCAACCGCGAAGCACUCAUUUCUUUUAGGAGAUGAUCAUGAUGGCAGUGAGUCAGGUACAGAAGAGGAACAAUGGGCUUUUAUGAAGGAGCUUGAAAUUUUCUUUAGGGAAAGGAGCAUUGAGUUCAAGCCUCCAAAGUUUUAUGGAGAGGGAUUAAAUUGUCUGAAGUUGUGGAGAUCAGUUAUGAGAUUGGGUGGUUAUGAUAAGGUGACUUCAUGUAAAUUUUGGCGGCAAGUCGGAGAGUCCUUCAAACCCCCAAAGACAUGCACUACUGUUUCAUGGACAUUUCGUGGAUUUUAUGAGAAGACUCUUCUCGACUAUGAGAGGCAUAAAACAAGUGGCGGCGAGCUUAUUUUACCCGUUAUUAACUCAGAGCCGGUGGUAGUGGACAAUCAGACAUCUGGAUCCGGUCGAGCACGGAGGGAUGCUGCAGCACGAGCUAUGCAGGGGUGGCACUCACGUCUGCUUGGUAAUGGAGAAGUUAGUGAUGCUAUCAUUAAGGAAAAGGAUUCUGCACCUCUGCAAAAGCGUGAUAAACAGCAUAAAACUCUUGGUUUACUAAAGCGCAAGAAACCAUCUUACAUGGAGGAUGCUGUCAAAGCUGCACGUGCUAAAACAUCUAAACCUCAAUUGGAUGUAGAGGUGGUUGACUUGGGAGUUCCUGCUGAUUGGGUGAAGAUCAAUGUACAGAGAACGAAAGAUUGUUUUGAGGUGUAUGCUUUAGUGCCUGGACUUCUUCGGGAGGAGGUGCGUGUUCAAUCAGAUCCAGCAGGGCGACUGGUUAUCAGCGGUGAACCUGAGCAUCCUGAUAAUCCAUGGGGGGUCACGCCAUUCAAAAAGGUUGUGAGCUUACCUUCAAGGAUUGACCCACAUCAGACUUCAGCUGUGGUGACCCUGCAUGGCCAACUAUUUGUUCGGGUACCAUUUGAGCACUCGGGCUAACAGUUUUUACUUAAAUAUGCUCCAAAAGAGGUUUACUAGUGGAAUUGUAUAUUUUAGUUUGAUACUAUAAUUUAGAUAGGAUGGGGCUUUCUUUUAUUUGCCUGCUAAUUAAUUCUCUUUAUUUAGUUAACACUGACUAAUGCACACUAAUGAUAAUUUUUGUAAUCUACUCUAUAACGUCUUUCCAUUACUCUGUACCAUAAAUCUCUUUCAAUGUCUUCUCAUUCUUUCA